UGUUGGUCCGCUCGCCGCUAUUUCGCAGGGAGAAGCGUUAUUGCUGAGCAACGGAGGGAGAGAAGGCCGAGCGACUGCAGGGCUGGGCUCCACACACACACACAUACACACACCUUCAGCAGAGACACACACCAGAAAGGAAAAAGGGAUGGCCUAGCUGCUUUGUGUUGUCAGCAGUCAAUCAGCAGUGAGCUACCUGGACCAGAGCAGGUGUGUACCAGAGGCAGCAGCAGGUUGCAGAGAUGAGUGUGACCUCCUGGUUCCUGGUGAGCAGCGGGGGAACUCGCCACCGCCUCCCCCGGGAGAUGAUCUUCGUCGGCCGGGAUGACUGUGAGCUCAUGCUACAGUCCCGCAGCGUGGAUAAGCAGCAUGCAGUCAUCAACUACGAGGCGGGGACUGACGAACACAAGGUCAAGGACCUGGGCAGCCUGAAUGGAACCUUUGUGAAUGAUGUCCGCAUCCAGGAGCAGAUGUACAUCACUCUGAAGUUGGAGGACAAGCUGAGGUUUGGAUAUGAUACCAACCUGUUCACGGUGGUGAGAGGAGAGCUCACUGUGCCUGAGGAGGCUCUAAAGCAUGAAAAGUUCACCAGCGGACUCCAGCUCAGCAAGAAGCCAUCCAGCGGAGAAACCACUACUACCACAACCACAAGCAAGUCUCCCGCUAAGACCCCAACUAAGUUGCUCAAGUCCCCCGGCGGCAGCACGUCAAGGUCAGGGGAGGGCAGAGCAACAGACGGGAUCUCUUCCUCCAAAGAGCCUUCAGCUAAACCUGUGGAUGCACACAAAGCAGAGGAGAGAAUGGGAGGGGAUGUUACAGCGCUGCCUCGUGGGACCCCUCUGUACGGCCAGCCGUCUUGGUGGGGGGAUGGGGAUGCAGAUGAUGAGAAUUCCUUCAAACAAGAAACCAAGUCAUCCAGCAAAAAACAUGACAGCUCCAUUUCAGACAGCAAAGAGGCUCGUCGAGGGGAGAAAGCUAAAGAGGACGGCCUUCAUGCGUCCACCGCCCACGAUUCCAGUUACUUUGAGAUGCCCACCAAGGAGGGUCACAUGGCCAAUAAUGGCAUCCAUGAGAUUCCCACCAAGGACACAGAGGGCACCGCCACUCACACUGCUGCAGCUCAAGGUCACGCCUCCUUCACCAUAGAGUUUGACAACACCUCUCCUGGGAAAGUCACCAUUAAAGACCACGUGUCGAAGUUCACACCUGACCACCACAGAUCUCGCUCCAAGAAGAGUGGAGCAGGUAGUGGAGGAGCAGGAGGACGGGACUUAAGCACACUGCAAGCCGCUAUGAUGGCAUCGGAGAGUAAGGUGGCUGAUUGGCUGGCGCAGAACGACCCCACUCUGGUGCGCAGCGAGUCAACGGAGGAUGACAGCAAGAGCAUCAAGAGCGACGUGCCGGUCCAUCUCAAAAGGCUAAAAGGCAGCAAACAUGAGGAUGGCACCCAGAGUGACUCAGAGAAUGGACUGGGCCUACGUUUCGCCAACCGCCGCCAUGCCCUCGAGGAACGCCUGAAAGCAGCGCACGGCCACGUGGGAGGAGGAGCGGUAGGAACAGGAGGGGGGAACAUAUCAGUGAGUGGGGCCAGAGCAGGUGGCAGCCGCACGGCCUUUAUGAUCGAGUUCUACGACGAGGAAAACCCUCGCAAGCGCCGAUCAUAUUCGUUUUCCCAAACUGCACCCCUGCAGGGGGUCGGAGGUGGCGGUGAAGGACUGUGUCCCCAGCCUCCCUCUCACCCAAAGGUGUUCAGCAUUUCCACAUCAGCUACUACAGCCUCAGACUCAGGUAAGGUCCCAGCUCCAAUACCAGCCACAGUGACUGCAGGUGCCCCCACGGCUGCCCGCGUCCUUCUCAAGCAGAGGUCAGAGGACCCGAGUAUCGGUCGCAGCUCAGCCAGUACCGGGCUGGCGACAGGCAGCCCCACCAGCCCCAGCGAGGACACCUCGUGCGUUGGCAGAGGAGCAGGAACAGCUGGAGGGGAGGCGGAGGACGACCACAGCGAUAAGGGGACGUACACCAUUGAACUGGAAAACAGGAACGCAGAGGAAGAGGAGGCCAGGCGCAUGAUAGAUAAGGUGUUUGGUGUGCAGCAGAACCAGGACUCCUCUAUUCUGUCAGACCUUAAGGGAGAAGGAAAAGGAAAGGAGACAGGAGAGACGGGGAAAGAGGCUCUUUCCGGCGACUCGAGUUGGGUCUCUCAGUGGGCCAGUCUCGCUGCCAAUCACACCAGGACAGAUCCAGAGGGCUCAGGAGCAGAAACAGCCGCCUUCCUCCACAAAGAGAGAGGAACUGAUGCCUUUGAGUCUGGUGCGUCCCUCAGUAGAGGCGAAUCCUCCUCCAGUCUGACAGACCGUAAGCGUAGGACCCUCCCCCAGCUCCCUGUGGAUGACCCCCGGGCUAAAUCCAGCACCAAAGCUCUUGGACUGAGGUCUGAAAUUGGGGAGAAACAGGACACUGAAGCCCAGGAGAAAGAGAACAAGGGAGACGGGGAGUCCCCGACUCCCACGAGGGACCGUGAAAUGACCAGUAAACGGAAGCAGAGCUCCACAUCCUCUCCAUCCAAGGCUCCUCUCCGGUCCUCUGGCAGCACUGAGCGGAGGAAGAGGUCAGAGGAGAGGAAAGGAGGAGGAUCAGGAGAAGGAGGAGAGAAGUCUGGGAAGCCUCUAGUGCGCCAGGGCAGCUUCACAAUUGAGAAGCCCAGCGCUAAUGUCAAUGCAGAGCUCAUCCCACGCAUCAACAGAGGCAGCAAUGGGCGUGAGCGCAGUGACUCCGUGGGCAGCAUGGAUACUGCUACACUCCUGAAGGACACUGAAGCUGUCAUGGCAUUCCUAGAGGCCAAACUAAGAGAUGAAAACAAACUCGACCAGAAAAGUAGUAAAAAAGGCGUCCCCCCUCGGACUGACUCCAUCUCUCCUGAGUCAGAUGUUGACACGGCCAGCACAGCCAGUCAUGUAGCUGGAGAGGCAGAGAGGAAAGCAUCAGCUGGUGGCGAGCAAAAACGACGUUCCUUGAGCAGCAUGCACAGGGAGAAGAGCAACAUGAGCACGACUUCCAAGACCAGUGUCACUAAUGCAAGUGCCCGUGACCGCUUGGAGAGGAAGACUAAAACAAGAACUUCGGAAGCGACAAGCCGGACUGAUGCACGACGCUCUGUUCAGCCAUCCUCCAGAGCACGCCAGCCCUCUCUGGAUCUCACUGAUGAUGACCAGACUUCUUCCUUCCCCAUCUCUGACAUCCUGUCCUCAGACCAGGAGACCUACUCUGGACCUAUGGGGCGCUCAGCACACGGACGUGGCUCAGAUGACAUUCUCCAUUCCAAGCUCGAUAGCAGGUCUACUAAAACAUCCACCAGUGGAUCCUCCAAAACCAGGAGCACUCUCCAGGCAGCCACGACCUCCUCCCUGAGCAAGCAGGCCUCACUGCCUCAGCCACGGCCCACGAGAGCCUCCCUUCUCCGCCGUGCUCGGCUGGGGGAUACCUCUGACACGGACCUAGCUGAUGCAGACAGGGUGUCUGUGGCUUCUGAGGUAUCCACCACCAGCUCCACCUCUAAGCCGCCAUCCGGUCGAAAGGGACUGUCACGACUUGACAUGCUGGCUCAGCCGCGUAGGACCCGUCUGGGCUCCAUCUCCGCCCGCAGUGACUCAGAGUGCACAGUGACACGGAGCUCCACCUCUUCACCCCGCCUGUCAGCUGAGACUGCUCUGCGCCUGGGCCUGCGCUCGUCAACACCAACAGAGAACAGGCUGACACCCAGGAUGAGGGCCAACAGUGUGUCCAAACUGAACGAGACCAAGAGCAAGACCACUACAUCUGGAUACUGCUCGCCCACAGAGUGCUCUCAGCCCGAACCUGAGGGCGGUGAUGCAGAGGAGGAGCUGAUGGUGGCGAGCAGCAGCAGGUGGAGACGUCUGCCGCCGGAGUACGGCUCCACCUCAGAGGAAGAGUUUGGCUCCAGCAGGAAUUCUCCAAAACACGGCGGACGCUCCCACAUGCGCCCUCAUCAUCUCGCCCCGCACCGCAGCUCGAGACUGGGCACCACCGUGACCCCAGGCUCCAGUGUGGUGACUGGUCCGGGUGGAGUGGCGAUCAAACACCGCAUGAAGGAGCAAGAGGAGUACAUCAAGGACUGGACAGCACACAGCGAGGAGAUAGCCAGGUUAUUCCCCUGUGUGCGCAGGAUCAGCCAGGACCUGGCUAAGGACCUGGCCAUCUUGGCCCGUGAGAUCCACGACGUCGCUGGCGAGAUCGACUCGGUGAGCUCAUCGGGCACAGCACCAAGCACCACCGUCAGCACGGCCGCCACCACCCCGGGAUCGGCCAUCGACACCCGGGAAGAGGUAGGCCCUGCACGCCCCACGCAGCCGGACAUACAGGAGAGCAUGAGAAAGCUGGUGGAUCGGGUGUUUGAUGAGAGUCUCAACUUCAGAAAGAUCCCACCUGUGAUUUCAACCAAUAAGGCACCAGAGAUCAACGGCAAGCCAGUGGAGCUCCGGCCCCGUGCCCCCGACAGUCUGGAGCCCAGAGCUCUGAGGAGACGCACCUGGAACCGAGAGGAGGCGGUGUUGGACAGCCUGCUGCUCAACUCAGUCUCUCAGCUUUCCACCAAGAUCAGACACUCUAUCGACAAAACAGCAGGAAAAAUCAGGAUAUUGUUUAAAGAUAAGGACAGGAACUGGGAUGAAAUUGAGAGCAAACUGCGAUCGGAGAGUGACAUACCACUCCUGAAAACCUCCAACAAGGAGAUCUCCUCAAUUCUGCUCGAACUCAAGAGAGUUGAAAAGCAGCUUCAAGUGAUCAAUGUGAUGGUAGACCCAGAUGGGACCCUGGACGCCCUGGCCAACCUGGGCCUGACCAGCCCCACCACCCCUACCAGGCCCCUAACCGCCAAAACAACUUCCCCCUCUGCCACCAGCCCUGGGUCUGUGCCCCCAGCCAAAGAAUCACUGCCGGAGAUCCUUCCCGGGCCCGGAGGAUCAGCAGCCUCCGCCAGGGUUCAAGCUUCCUCCGCCAGCACAGAGGAUACAGCACGAGACCCCCCCAGCGUGAGUCUCGGGUUAACGGGAGUCGGAGGACUGCCCUUCAACCGCAUGCGGCCAAGCGGAGAGGAGGCCAUCGCACAGAAGUGAACAUGAAGUGUCCCUGAAGCCAAUGUUGUGUGUGAAUAAACAUCUGGAACAGAGUGCAGGUGGCUGGUGAUCCAUGUUCACAGCAACAAAGCAGGUGCAGAAACAUUAAAAUCCUGCUGCUUACUACACCAAUAUAAGAUUAUGGAUGUAAUACAAACAUAAUUUAGCUUAAGUGUUACCAGACCUGACUGGAAAUGAAGUGCUUCAGCCCUCCUAAACCCCAACUGAUGCAUCAUGGAUACAACCUGUUAACAGAAACUCACCCAUGAACGAUUUGGACAGUCACAAUAUGAGCAAUUUAACUUCAAACUGUUGGCCGACCUCCUGAUGGACUGACGGCUGCCCGGCCUCACUCAGCGGACAGAUCUCUGUGGUUGUACAGUCUCCACUCUCCUCCAGUCUCCUCCUCUUGCCUUCUCCAUGUGUCUGGACCCUGCCUACACUAAGGACAUGCCUUAAAAACACACCCUCGAUAUAGUAGCAGCCCUCGUCCCCUCAGAUAAUAUACAGAACAGCUUUUAAGACUUUAAUACUUUCAGACAAACAGAAUGCAUUGUAAAAUAACACUUGCAAAAUAUGUUCUAUUCACACUGCAGUGAUUUAUUAUCUCUCGUUCAGCACGGAGAAUAUUUCAGCAGCCUUAAGUAACCACUGACAAACCACAUGCUCAUACAGACAUGCAUUAUGUCUGAAGCAGUCCACAAUCUAAACAGAAUCGCAGAUGUUUUCAGUAUUUCAUGACUCUAACCGUCCAUUCUCUCAAACUGACUCUGUUGAAAAGGAUUUGUAGUGCCUCCCCAUCUCUGUGCUCACCUGUUUCUCCUUUAUGUUUUAAUCCCUCCCUCCUUCCCUCCCUCUCUUUCUCUCCCCAGUAGAUGGAAAAAAGUUUGUCACUCCAGUAGCAUGUACAGGACAGAGCGGAGAGCGUUCCUCCUGCAAGUUGGUGUCUGUGUUGAUCUUACUAAUGCUGAAUGGUAAUUUUACACGAUGGUAACAGCCUUUGGGAAACCAAUGAUCAUUUUCAGACGACAUAAUCACUUACCAAAGUUAACAAGUUUAAUGAUAGUGUCAUUUUCAAACAGUUGAGCCAUGUUGAAAUUCAUCUGUUGUGCAAAAGAGAAUCUGUAUUUAAAGAUACGUCUGCAGUUCACCCUCCUCUCUGAAUGUCAAGAGCAUUUUUCACUCAAAAAGCGUAUUUAUUAUAACGAAACACGAGUUUAAUCACUGCUGCCGAAUCUGUUUUGGCCCCUGAGAAUCAGUGCCCUUAGCUUUUUUGCUACAGUACAUCCACUCAAGUGUCCUAUGAUUUCCAAUUGGCUGUUUUUCUACUUUUUCCAGUCACGGGUGAUGUGAUGUGUUUUUCAAAACUAGCAAUGAUGAGUGAAGAAAAUAACUGUCUGAGCUAAAUAUUUUAUAAUAUUUAGAUACUGGUAUUGUAGAUAUUGUCGACCUUUUACUUUGUCACGCUUUGAAUCACCUCACAGUCCAUUUUCUUUUUCUGUCACUCACCAGUUUAAGAAACACCCUGAACAUGGAAGAGCUGCUGGAAUUGGUUUUAAUAAUGUCUUGUCAUAGAAGAACACGGUCGACUUACAUGGAGGCCUUUUGUGGUUCAAAAUGUGUCUUUGAGGAACGUCAGUGAGUAGAAAUGAACACAUCUUUGACAAUAAGCUCUGUAAGCAUCUAUUUUAUGAAUUUCUAAUACAGCUUCAUAUCAGUGUAAAUAGGUGCAUCGCUCUAUUUCCACUACGGGGGAACGUUCCAGCGACAGUAUGGUUAACCUCUUUGCUGCUUUUCUAGUGACUCUAUGGGGACUAACCAUUCUCUGAAUCUCUCUUCAGCUUAUAGUCUGUGUUCUAGAUGACUUAAAGGCAGUGUAUUAGGACUUAGAUACUCUUACAAUAGUGAAUUUAGGUACCAGAAUACAUGUUCAUUUCCUUCUCUCUAUACUGUACUGUACUAUGUUUUUUUCAAUGCCUCAAAGUGCCCAUUUUGACGAAGGAAGGGCAUUGGUUAAAAAGAAAAGAAAAAGACGUAGUUGUCUAAAAAGAUUUCUCUUAUUUUGCACAUCAGAUUGUGGUGUUUUUUCAUGCAGAAGUAGUGAAGGUCAAAUGGUUUGACAGAGAACAAUGUCACUUUGAUAUCAGAAGUGACUGCCUUGCCUCUCUGGAACUAUUCUGUCUGUACAAACGAAGCCUCCAAUCGUGUUUUUUUUGUUUUGUUUUUUCCCUCGCCCCGUUUUAUCAAAAGAAUUGAAAUUAGGGGACUGUGAAUGCUAGGUACAUGUUUAUUUUUUAAAUUCUACAUGUGUCAUCUGAUCAGUGUUCGUUGUCGUUUUUGUAAAGAAAAAAAACUCCAUUUUAUUUAUUUUUUUGUUUAAUAUUUUGUGGAUGUUUCAUGCAUUUUAUAUUUGUUCAACUAUCUGCAUUGUUUCUUACUGUUAAUAAAACAGAGCCAUUCA